AUGAAUAUAUCUCAAAUGUUAUCUGUACCAUUAACACGUGUACGUUCACAAAAACUUAAACGACAAACAACAAUUGAAGAUGAUAUUGAUAUUCAACAAAAUCAAUCAUCUAAAUCAAUUCCAUCAGAUUAUGAAUCAAAUUCAUCACGUUCACUUUCACCUUAUUGGCGUAUUAUUAUGGAUCCUGAAUCAUCAUCAAGUUAUUUAGAUGUACCUGAUACAUCAAAUAAUAGUCGACGAUCAUCAAAUAAUAGUGUUGUACGUUUUAUUCAAAAUGAUGCAUCUGAUCUAUGUUCAAUUCUUGAUAUGACUAAUGAAUCUGAAAAUCUUGAAAAAGCAAUAAUUAAUAAUGAUAAAUAUACAGUACGUCGUAUAAUUGAUAUACAUAAAAAUAAAUUUAAUUUAAUAAAAGAUAAUAUUAAUCAAUCAGAAAAUUUAUUAAUUUAUCCAAUUCAUCGAUUACGAACAAGUCAACCAAUUAUUUAUAAAAAUCCAUCAAAUGGUUCACCAUCUAUAACAAGUAAUACGGAUUUAUUAGAAGCAUAUAGUAAACAAGCAUUAGUUAGUUAUGAUACUGAUGAUCCACCAUCAAUAUCAUCAAUUGAACAUCAAAAUAAUCAUAUAUUAACAUCAUCAACAGCUACAAUUAUUAAUAAUCAACAAUAUAUAACAAAUCAAAAUAAUAAUAUUAAAACAAAUUUAUCUUCUCACAAUAUAACAUCAUCUAUAAAUGAUCCUAUUGAAAAUGAUAAUGAUUCAAUAUAUACAUCAAUACCAGCAACAACAUUUAAUAAACAAAUUCGAUAUACAAAUAAUGAUUCACCUAAUGAUGCACCUCCUAUUUUUAGAAAUGUUUUACAUGUUGCUAUUAUCUAUGAUGCUCGUGAUGUAAUGCGUAUUUGUUUAAAAUAUGGUAUUGAUCCAAAUAUUGGUGGUAUUAAUCCAAAUAUUCAACAAAUAUCAUCAAAUAAUUAUAAUCAAAUAAAUAGUAAUUUAUCAAAUGAUUUACCUCAUGCAUCAUCUUGUCGUGAUGGUACAUUAGAUUAUACAAGUUAUUAUACAACUGAACGUUUAUUUACUUUACCACCAUUAUUUUUAGCUGCUCAACGUAAUAAUCAUUAUGCUUGUAUACUUUUACUUAAAUAUGGUGCAAAUGUAAAUAUACAUGAUGAACAAUAUUGUAGUCCAUUACAUUUAGCUGCACGUUUACAACAUAAUGUAUCUGAAAUUUUAAUAUAUAAUCAUGCAUUAAUAACAAUAGAAAAUAAAUAUGGUGAUACACCAUUAUCAUUAUGGCCAAUUAUAAAACAAAUUCAAAUUGUAUUUAUUGAAAAAGAAUUUCGUAAAUUAUGUCGUAAACAUUCAUCAAAUUGUAAACGUUAUCGAUUUAUAACACGUGAUAAUGAACAAUGUCAAGGAGGUAUAUCAUUAAUUAAUAAUAAUAAUAAUAAUUCAAAUAAUUUAAAUAAUGGUUUAAUACCAUCAAAUGGUUUAAAAAAUUUAAAACGUGUUUUUCGUUAUAGUGGAAGUGAUUCAUAUGAUUCAAAAUCAUUUAAAAAAAGUUUUUCAUCACAAGGUUCAAUUGGAAAAUCUAAACGUCUUAUUACAAAUAAUAAUAAUCAACAAAAUAUACCAACAACAUCAUUUAUUCGAAAUGAUUCAAAACAAAUUUCAGAUGAACAUGAUGAUUUUGAUAUUUCAUAUUUUCAUAGACAAUCGAUUUUUAAACGAAAAAAAGAUUUAAAUAAAAAACAAAAUGAACAUUUAAGUCAUUCUAAUCAUUAUUUAUAA